CCUUUAUAGGAUGAAGACAUACCUACUGCUGAAACAGUGUAAACUUCAGCUUGUAAGACACUUCAGUGAAGCGAUGUCCAAGCACCGCAUAGCCGUAUGUCAGAUGACCUCGGUGGCUGACAAGGCUGCCAACCUAGAGAGUGUCAGCCAGCUGGUCAGCAACGCGGCUAAGGAAGAUGUCAAGAUGAUAUUUUUCCCUGAAGCCUGUGACUACAUUUGUGACAACAAGCAAGACACAUUGAAGUCUGCUGAGGCGAUUGUAGGUGGCAGCACUGUCGACAGCUACAGACAACUAGCUGUGAAACACAAUGUGUGGUUGUCUAUGGGAGGGCUGCACGAACAGAAUAAAGAGGACCCCACUAAAAUAUUCAACACCCACAUUAUAAUAAACAACACGGGUGACAUAGUGCAGCAGUACCGGAAACUGCAUCUCUUCGAUGUGGAGAUCCCGGAGAGGAAUGUGCGGCUUAAGGAGAGUGACUUCUGCAGCCCCGGGCGGCAUAUCGUGGCGCCCGUGGACUCUCCUGUCGGGAGGAUAGGCAUGGCCAUUUGCUACGACAUGCGAUUCCCGGAACUGAGCACAGCGCUGACGGUGCUCCGAGCCCAGCUGCUCACGUUCCCCUCGGCCUUCACGCAGGCCACCGGCGAAGCUCAUUGGCACACUAUAUUGAGAGCGCGAGCGAUAGAAAACCAAUGCUACGUAAUCGCCGCGGCGCAAGUGGGUGCACAUAAUACCAAGCGGCGGAGCUACGGGCACGCGCUCUGCGUGGACCCGUGGGGGCGGGUAGUGGCUGACUGUGGACAGGAGACAGGGUUCCGAGUGGCCGAGAUAGACCUGACGCAGUUAGAUGAUGUGCGGAGAAAUAUGCCUGUGUUCAGUCAUCGAAGAAAGGACGUGUACUCCCUGUACGCUCUGAGCCUCCACAGCUUGGAGUCGGCCCGGGGGGCUCCGGUGGCGCCACCGCAGCCCCCCGGGCCCUCCAGACAGUUCGGCCACGCGCGGAUACCGGAGACGUGCGUGUUCUACACUAGCGAACUGAGUUAUGCCUUCGUCAAUCUACGAUGCGUGACGCCGGGCCAUGUGCUGGUGGCGCCCCGGCGGUGCGCGGAGCGGAACGGAGACCUCACGGACGAGGAGGCACGCGAUUUCUUCGCCACCACACGACUAGUGCAAAAGUUGAUGGAGAAAGUCCACAACACGGAAUCGUGUACGGUGACCAUACAAGACGGCCCCGACGCGGGACAAACUGUCAAGCACCUGCACUGUCAUAUAAUGCCACGGAAAAAGGGAGAUUUCAUACAAAACGAUCUCAUAUACCUGGAGCUUGCCAAACACGACCAAUUCUCAUCGAGUCAUCCGGCCAAGCCACCGCGGAGUUUGCAAGAAAUGGAGACUGAAGCGGCCUCGCUGAGAAAAUCACUACUCACUUUGGACAAUAAUUGACAAUUUUACAAACUAAGCUU